UUGUCUCUGGGUGUCUUAUUUAAAGGCAGAAAUAAUAAACUGCUCUGAAGAAAUAGGCACUAGAGUCUAAUAAAGGAUUGCUAACAUUCUAAUUUAUACAACUCCAGAAUGAAGUAUUUUAUCCAUCUUCUCCUUGUUGUUCUACUCACUAUUUAUGAGAGAUGCAAUGCUCAGUCCUGUGCGGUGGAUUCUAUUCCAGUAAAGGAAAACCUUGAUUUAAAGAGGUAUGCCGGGAAAUGGUAUGCAAUCGGAAAAAAAGAACCAGAAGGACUGUUCCUGCAGGACAAUAUUUCAGCUGAUUAUACAGUAGAUGAUGAUGGCACAAUGACCGCUACAUCUAAAGGAAGAGUUAAACUUUUUGGAUUCUGGCUUAUUUGUGCAGAUAUGGCAGCUCAGUAUACAGUGCCAGACCCAAGCAGCCCAGCCAAAAUGUACAUGAAUUACCAAGGACUGGCAAGCUAUCUAUCAAGUGGAGGUGAUAACUACUGGGUAAUCGAUACAGAUUAUGACAACUACGCAGUAACCUAUGCCUGCCGCUCUCUUAAAGAAGAUGGUACAUGCAAUGAUGGCUAUUCUAUUAUAUUCUCCCGCAAUCCACGUGGAUUUUCACAGGCUAUAAUGAGAACUGUUCGCCAAAAACAGGAAGAAAUGUGCUUGUCUGGACAAUUCCAGCCUGUACUACAAUCAGGAGCAUGUUAGAUGACAGAAAAAAGGACAUUAUCUUCCUUCUGAGCACAGAACAAGCAAGCUGGCCCAGCAUUUUCUGCUGCAAUAGAUUUCUGUCUUCAUUGUCUCAGAGCUAUUAGGCAUUUCAGUGUCUCCUCUAUAGUCUGUUAAUAUAGAUAACAUUACAUUUGAAAAUAUGUUAAUUUUACAUCACUCUACAAAAACUUUGACUCACACUAAAUAACUUUCUAUAAAGGGAACAAUUUAUCCACU